AUGCCGUUAGUCUCUAGAAGGUCUACUCAGUCGGAAAGCACUUCAAUCACGAAGGAGGACCAUGCAGGCGGAGCUUCCCGGACAGUAUUGUUCUUUCGAUGGCUAGUUACCUUAGAGGGCGAUCAAGAUAUAAAUGAAGGGAAAGGCUACAUAUCAAUUCCGAACAUUUCGAACUAUAUCUUCUUCUUUGGUGGUAGGUUAAGAACAGUAAAGGGUUGUAAGCCUUUGUGGCUGUGGGUUCUCUCCCUUAUUGUAUGUCCUAUGGUUCUGUUCUCCAUCUUUGAGACACAUAAAUUGUGGUACACCAAAAACGGGUAUAAAGUGCUGGUCAUUUUCUUUUAUUAUUUUUGGAUAGUCACUUUUAUAUCCUUUAUAAGAACUGCUACUAGUGACCCUGGCGUGCUCCCGAGAAACAUUCAUUUGGGACAGUUGCAAAACAACUACCAGAUUCCGCAAGAGUAUUACAACCUGAUAACACUACCUACACACUCGUCGGUUCAUGGUGAUAUAACAAUCAAGUAUUGCCCAUCGUGCCGGAUAUGGAGACCUCCGAGGUCUUCUCAUUGCUCGACAUGUAACAUUUGCGUUAUGGUUCACGAUCAUCAUUGUAUUUGGGUCAAUAAUUGUAUAGGCAAAAGGAACUACCGUUUCUUUUUGAUAUUUCUGUCAAGUGCCGUGUUUUCGUUAAUCUUCUUGUUGGUUAAUUGCGCCAUUCAUAUUGCACGAGAAUCUGGUGGGCCUCGGAAUUAUCCUGUGGCGAUACUAUUAAUUUGUUAUGUAGGGCUAACCGUGUGGUAUCCAGCAAUACUGUUCACCUAUCAUGUAUUUAUGGCAGGUACUCAGCAAACCACAAGGGAAUUUUUGAAAAGUAUUGGAUCAAAGAAAAAUCCUGUAUUUCAUCGUGUGAUUAAAGAAAAGAAUAUUUUUGAUAACGGCUCCUUUUUAAAGAAUCUAGGCCACUUAAUGUUAGAGCCGAGAGGCCCAAGUUUUGUUAGUGCGAGAGAACGGCAUGAAGCUGGGGAUUGGAGAUUUAUGAAUUUAUCACCAGUGCACAGUUUUGAAAAAAUUUAG